CCAACCCAACGCUUUCAGGAUGGUUUCCUAAGCCGGCAUCAAUCCCAGAUGGGCCAAAGUCCUCGAUAGGUUUUUAUGCGCAAUUCUAUCUAGGCGCAAUGGUUGCUGUGAAUUCACCCAUGCAGGAAUGUCUGCAUCCGGAAGACGCAGAAGAAAUUCUUUCUGAAGAAAAGAUUCAAGCUCUUCUGCUCGAAGCCGAACAGCGACUUCUAAAGCAAGCCGCAGAGAAUAACAAAGCCGAAGCUGAAGGGGAAGACCAGCUCAGACUCCUUGAAGAACCGAAAGUUGAAGCGCGAGUACGUAUCCCAACCUUGAAGGUAGAGCGUUUUAUGGCUCCAUAUGUGCGUGAAGUCAACGGUGUGGCAUCACUUGAUGAAGCACGAGCCGUUCCCGAUCGGCUGAAAAAGCUUUCAAACACAACACGAGCUGUCGAGCAACCGAAAUUGCUAGAAAAGUGUAAAGAAAAACCCACUGCUGGUUCAGACUGGUUUGACCUUCCCAGGACGGUCCUCACCCCUGAGCUGAAAAGGGAUCUCCAACUACUGCGCAUGAGAAACGUGCUUGACCCAAAACGGCACUAUAAGAAAGAGAGCGGUAAAGCAAAGCUUCCAGAGUAUUCUCAGGUUGGUACCAUUAUUCAAGGUUCAACCGAAUUUUUCAGUGCUCGCAUCGCCAAGAAGGACCGCAAGGGGACCUUUGUUGAAGAAGCCAUGGCCGCUGAAGAAGAGAAUGGCCGCUUCAAACGCAAAUACGACGAAAUUCAGGAGUCAAAGACUAGCGGUAAAAAGGCUCACUACAAAGCAUUACAAGCUAAGAGGAAACGAAGUCGAAAAUACCGCUGAACUUUUCUCCAGAAAUGUUAUCAUGUCAAAGUCAAAACGUAAAGAUGGAGACCGCUGGACCGUGUUUAUGGAUAGAUAUCGAUUUUAUGGGAUAACCAGGCCACCAGUGAAAGGCCUAGUUAAUGGUUUGUGGAAACAUAUCUAGGACUACCUGUCUGACCAGUUUCUAUGGAUCUCAUUAGCAUCUGCACGGAACAUGAGAAAAAAGCUUUGACGUACCUGUACGUCCGCUGCUGCUUGGCUACCCGCCUUCAAAACUUCUUCAUGAUUGGCUUUACCCUCUUCAACAAUUCUAUUGAGUUGGGCCCUUUCCGUCUCUUGGAGGAGACGGUCAUCGCCACGUGGCACGGGAGUCAAGACUGCAUUGUUGGUAACGAGGCUCAAAGCAAGCACUCGAAGUCCGCAAUGUCGUGCCACAAUGAUUUCUGGCACGGUCGACAUUCCGACCAGGUCUGCCCCAAGUUGUCUUAAGAAUCUACACUCCGCCCUAGUUUCAAAACUGUCGGGCUAUUAGUUUCAUUCUUCUUCGGUCCUGCAAUGUUCUUACCUUGGCCCUGCACAGAAGGCGUACACGCCUUCAUGAAUUCUUCGCUUGCUUUCUACCCGGAUGACUUUGGUCCAUGCGCGGUGCGCUGUUCGUCUGAGCUCGAGGUCGUAUGCGUCCGAAAGUGCUGGGAACCGGACACCAAACUCAUCCUCGUUGGGUCCGCGCAAUGGAUGUAGUCCGGCUAAACCGGCGAGGAAGAUGUGCUAUCAAUCAUGAUUAGCUUUACUCUCUGUUUGUGAACUGCAAUAACAUACGUCGUUGAUCAGAACGACGUCGCCGACUGCAUACUCGGAGUUUAAUCCUCCGCUUGCGUUUGUCACUGUACAUAGUUGCUUAGU